CGUCUGUCAGAGAGCCGGCAGCCCCCAACGCGAAAGCUGCUGCCGAGCUAGUUCGAACGUUUUCAAGCUAUCGAUACAAAAAGGCAGACAGACAGACAGAUAGACAGAAAUAGAGAGAGAGAGAGAGGGAGAGAGAAUCGUUGUAGUAAUAAGGAAGGAAUUAACGAAAGCCUGUUCAUUCGACGAUGUCAAGGCACAAUUGUUAACUUUCUUAAUCCCUCUGACAAAUUCAAAAAAAUCUCUCUUGUGUCUCGGGACACGGUCUCUCUCUCUCCCCUCUACGUACACAUACACACACACAUACACACAUAUAUACGUAGCGGACAGACAGACACGUAUAUACGCACGGAAUCGUGUGCAACACGAAGAGGAGACCGCGUUCGCGCCACCUGACGUCUCUAAGCUUCGCACCGACAACGGCCUGUCAAACGUCAAAAAGUAACGAUCGAUCGGAGAAGAAGCGGUACUUCUGAUCCUGAAGCCUUGUCGUUCUCAUCAUCGUCGUGGUAAUUUCAUUUUUUGUUUUGGAAGGAAGUACCUUCCAGGAUACGUCGGGUAACCUGGAAUUAAGGAGGAGCUAUACGUGACUGAGCUAUGAGUACAACAGACCCCGCUGGGGAGGGUGGAGGGGGAGGAGGAGGGGGGCAGUCUGCAACGACACCUUCCACAAAUGCCGAACAAAAUGUAACACCGAGUACACCGAUAACAAGCAGCGCAGUGCCUCCAGGAUCACAGCAGCAACAACAUCCACCACCAUCGCCCUUAAGUGGUUGCUAUCUACUCGUGGUGCUUCCUGAACCCCAUAUCGCACAACAUAAGGAUCUUAUUCUCAACCGUCUUGCCAAAGGUUUCCUGUCAUGGGACAAAGACAGCUGUCACGUAGACUUGGAGAAAGAGUUGCAAGCGUUGAUAGCACAAGCUCCCGAAGGCGAGGAAGCUCGAAACGGAGAACGUCUGAUUCAAUAUGCCACGGAAAAUCUUGUUACCGAGGUUUUGAUACACCCGCAAACGAAUACGUUAUUACAAUGCAUUCGAAAUCUUCUCGCAAGUUUCACGAAGCAUCGACACAUCAUACAUGCUGGAUAUACGUUCGGUGGCAAUGGUUCCUGGAUACUACAGGAUGGAACCUUUAGUCUCGCGGACUUUCUCGAUGCGUUCAGCGAACAUGAAGUGCAAAGAGUCCUUCGUGCCUACGAGAAUAGCGUUACGGUAGAUAUUCAUUGUGCGGGUGUCGGCGAUUGGACAACUACUCGAUUAUCCAAGGAAUCUUGUACUAGAUCUUGCCGAGUUCGAGUAAAUCCAGACGAUGUUUUAACAGCUGGAGUACCAACGAUCACGAGCUUCACGAAUUAUGUCGGGCAAUAUCUAAUCGCUCAAACAUUAGACCAACUGAUGGAACCGUCCGAUGUCGUUGGAAACAUCAGGUUCAGCCAUCCUACUUUAUACGUCUUCCCUGGUGGGCAAGGUGAUGCCGCUCUCUUUGGUAUAAACGGCUUCAACAUGCUCGUCGACGGUGGUUUCGCGAGAAAAGCGUGCUUUUGGGAUUUCACGAGGCACUUGGAUCGCCUCGACGCUGUUUUGUUAACUAGGAUAAAUAAUAGUAAUAUCGGCGGCAUGUCCAGUGUUCUUCGUAAGAAAAAGGAGAUGCAUGUCUAUCCACAGAUCGGUCAUUUCUUCUGCAACCUCGUUGAAAGAAGACAAUCUCAUUCACCAGACGGCGACAAAGACAUUGAUCCUCUGAUAUUAAAUCUGAUAGACGUCGGCCAAGAAAUGGUCGUCAAUCUUCGACACAUCAAUCUUCGUGCUCAUCCAUGCUACAGAGAUCCAGAUCCAAUCAAUCUCUAUCAUAAAGUUGGACAUGGUACUUUAGAUAUGUAUGUUUUAAGCCCGAACAAGGAGAGCCGAGAAGUGAGAGAAUUCUUGGCAAAGUGGCAUACGUCGGACGUGAAAUUAUUCGCUGGGACACAUAAAAAGGACUCGAAUAAUUUAACGUUUCCUAUUCAAAAUCUUGUCUCAAUAUGCGCGUUACUAGUUUGGCAACCCGCUAAUCCUGAAGAUAACAUUACUAGAAUCUUAUUCCCCGGAAGUACACCACAACAUAAAAUCUUUGAAGGAUUUGAACGAUUAAAACAUUUGGAAUUUUUGAAACAUCCAAUUUGUUCGGCGAAGAGUCUCUCGCCGUCGACGUCGUUAGUAACCUUGAAGGACAAGCCAGUGAAACAAAAAUUUGGCUUGAUCGAGAAGGAACCAAAGAAAGCGAAAGAAAUCGAUAUUAAGAAAGAGAAAAAAGAAUCUCCAGAUAUCAAGGCGCUAAAAGCUGCUGAGGAAAUAUCGACGAAAGCGACACCCCAAUCAACACCGAUAAUACCAACAUCGAAACCAAGAAAGAUAGAAGAUAAACCAAAGAAAUUAGCGGCGGAGAACAAGAAGAUCGAUAUCGAUGCUAAGGAAAAGAAAAUCGAGAAGGAGCUGAAGGAGACGAAGAAGGAAGUGAAAAAAGACUCGAUUAAAGCUGAGAAAGCUGAAAAACAAGAGAAACAUGAGAAACGUGACGAAGAAGUUAGUAAAAAGGAAGUGAUCAAGGAGGAACCAGAGAAAGUAGUUCCUACGAAAGAACCGAAAGUAAAAGCUGAGCCAGUAAAAAAGACGAAGGAACCUAAAGUUAGUAGAGCUAUGAAAACGGAGGUUUCAUCGAAGGUAAAAUCAUUGGAAAAAAAGAUGAAGGCACCGAGCUCAGAGAAGAAAGAUACUUCCAAAUCGUCACCAACGACACCAAAAAAGACAUUGAACGGUGUUGCGACUAAAACAGAAAUAUCGAAGACUGCACCUAGAGGACGGCCAGCUGCGAAAGCUGUAUCAACGGCACCGGCGAAGAGUGCCAAGGAUGCGAAUAAUCGAAAGGUUGUGGAGCAAAAGAAUAUUGAGAAAUCAGUUGCGAAGGAGGCACCUGUUGCAGUUGUCAAGGUAUCGGCUAAGCCAAAGCCAAUGGAUAGAAAGCCAAUCAGUCGAAGGCCUAAACCAGUUAGCCCAAGUAAAGCAAGAGUUCCUGGUAGUCCUGCAAAAUCGACCCGAAGUACACCGACUGCUUCGGUAAAGUCCGACAAAGAUGGUGUUAUCAGGAAGAUGAAGGGAGAUAAGGGUACUACGGAUUCUUCGACAGUGUCCACACCUUCCGGAGUCGAACCGGAAUCAACGGCGAAGCUCGUUGAAAAAAGUCUAAUCGAAAAGUCCGAGGACAUUUCUUUGGAUUCCAUCGAAAGUAAAGUUUUAGCUGACUUGAAAGAAGAACGUGAAGUCGUUGAAGAGAUCGAGGCAGUGCUGCAAAAAGCAGAAAGAAUUGAGACCAGAAAGGACGAUCGUUUCGAAGGAGACGACGAAAUUACAGCCGAAGCUACCGAUAAAAAGGAAGAAGACAUGACGGAGGAAGACGUAACCGCUGAGAUCGAAGAUGCACCAAAGAAGGAGAGUUCUCGAAAGGAAAGUCAAGAGUUAACGGAAGAAGACGAAUAUUUGAUCGUUGAAAAGGAAGAGAUAUAUACCGAGGACUCUGUUCAGAGUGGUGAAGGCGAACAAAAGCAUAUCUUGGACGAGGCCGAAUCUGAAAAGACUAAAAUACUAAAAGAUACUAUGGAAAUAACGAAAGAAAAGGGAGAAAAAGAGGAACCGGAAAAGGGUAAGGUCGAAAGUCCAGAGAAGAAAGCAGAGAUUGUCGAAAAGAUCCCAACGAAAGAAGAAAAGAAAGUGUCCCCAGAGGAGAAACCUGUUACUACACCAGCUCCGGAAAUUACACCAAAGCCAGAAGAUAAAGAUGAUUCUGGUAAAAAAGACAGCGAAGAAGUCACGAAAGAACCAUCCAGUUUGAGUCCAGAUAAAUUGGACUCUUCCGAAAAAAAGACGACUGACACGGACAUGAAACCUGAAGUGGAUCAAAAAGAACAUAUUCUUGAAAAAUUAGAGGAAUCUCAGGAACGUAUCUCGACGUUGGAAUCGGGUGCCACGACUACUGCUCCGACACUUCCCGAAGAUGAACGUAUUCCUCUCGACGAGAUAAAGGAAGAUAUCGAUGAGAAACACGUUAUCGAAGAAGUCAAAGAGAAGGAUGCUCCUGUUAAAGCUGAAAAAGAAAUUAUUACUCAGGCUGUUCCACCGGCGAGUAAACCCGACGUAAAAGUUUUCGACGUUCGACAGGCUGUUCAAGGCUUGCAACGAGACAUUGUCAAAACUCCGGACGAAGUCGCCGAUCUUCCGGUUCACGAAGAAGUCGAUCCGAAACUAUAUCGAAUGGAUUUCGAGAAGGACAAGGAAGAAAGAGUAGCAGCUCCACCUACUCAAGAAAUCAAGGAACCAGAACCAACACCACCGGUCAAGGAACAAAAAGGUGUUUUCAGUUUCUUCGGUAAAGUAGCUGAUAAAUUUGAAAAGGGAAUCGAUAAAUUGACGAAAAAAACGAAAAAAGAACCCGAAAAGGAGGAGGAUAAGUCAUCGUCGAAAUCUAGCUCUCCGAAGGAAGCAAAAGUACAAGAAAAGAUUACUUUGGAGGAGGUGGAUAUGGAAAAGAUGUUCCCAAAGGUGGGCAAAGUAGCUGAAAAGCCGGAGGGAUUCGAAAAGGUUGAGCCUGUGCCAUCGGAAGUCAAAGUUGCGGCCAUCAAGGAAACUGUAGCUUUCAUUGAAGAAGAAGAAUCGAAGGACAUCAAGAGACGUAGCGUGCCGGAUUUGGAAGUGAAGGUGUCUGAUAAGGUCGAAGUUAUCACGGAGAAGCCAAUCGUUUCACCGACCGAAAAAUUCGAAGAGAAGGAAGAAAAAGAAGAAAAGGAAAAAUUCGUGAAGGAGGAAGAUCUUUUGAAGGAAGAGGAAGUCGGGGAAGACGUUGAAGAAGUAAAAGCUCUGCUCGAGGAAGCUUCGAAGAAGUUUAAAACGGUGAAGGAUAGCCUUAGAGAUUCUCUAGAAUCUUUGGAAGAGAAAAUCGAAGAAGAGGAAAGUCUUUUACGUCACGAAGCAGCCCUUACGAAGGACAUUGUCAAGGACACUUUGGAAGGAGUAGUUGAAAAAUUAGAAGAGAUGAAACCUCAGAUCGAAGAUGUAGCGGAAAUAAAGGGAACGGAAAAAGUAAAGUUCGAUAUUCCUAAGGAUGAGGAAUUUGAAGAAGAAUACGAAGAAGAAUCUGUUGGUCCAGUCAAGGACGUUAAGGAAGCCGUUCGUGACGUUGGUGAAGUUCUCGCUGGAUCGGCAGGUAUAGUGAUUGACGACAAGCCUAAAGAUGUCGUUGAAAUCGUGAAAAAAGUCGCUGAAGUAUUGAAAGAAGACGAUUUUCUCCCUCCCGAGUUAUUAUUCCAGAAACCUUCCGAGAAGGAACUGACCGAAAGAAAAGUCUCGAUACCGAGUGAAAAAACUAUCGAAGCUGAAGAUAAAUUGACCAAACUCGAGGAUAAGGUAUUCAAACCGAUCGUAGAAGAUAUUCCUAUACCCGCAAGGGUCAGUCUUACCAAAGAGAUUCCUACGGAAAUUGCUAAACCUUUACCGAUUUACGAAAAACCUGGAGCGAUCGAGGUUGAAGAAAAACCUUCUGAAAAAGUUGUCCAAGACGUAAAAGAAGUCAUUUCGCCGGAGAAAGAUCAGAUCAAGGACAUGGAGGAUGUUAAAAAGAUCUGCGAAGAGAUAAUGAAAGACGAUUAUAUUCACGAAGAAACGAAGGAAGUCGAGGAUUCGACGAAAGUAGACGUGAUGAAGGCAGGUCUCGAAGAGAUUUGUGUAAAGGAUGUAGCCAAACGACCGUCUAUCGGAGAAGAACCAAAACAAAUGAUAGAAGAACCAAUUAUAGCGUUCGAGCAAAAGGUAUCGCCAGCAAAAGCUGAAGUCGUUAUGGUUACACCAGAUUCUGCACCGACUUCGCCUAAAUUCACAACUGAGAAAGUUUACGACGAAGAAUUGACGAAAGAACCGAUAAAAGAGAAAUUACCAGAAUUGACUGUGGAAAUCAAAGACGUACUUAACAAGCAAACUCCAUUGGAAGAAAUCAUCGAAGAACUCGUGAUUACUAAGAAAAAGAAAAUAACUAUCGAGAUCAUUGAAUAUAUUACUAUUGUUAAACGUGUACCAAGAGAACGUGUGAUUUGUAUAAUCGAAGAGAUCAUUAUAAGGAAGAAACUUAAUCCAGAAAGUGUAGUUGACGAUAUUAAUCUUCUUAAAACGACUAUAACACCGGAAAAAAUCAUUGAGAUCGAAGAAUACAUUAUUAAUGAGUAUAUUACAAAAGGCAAGAGAAUUACCGUUCAAAUAAUCGAAGAGAUUUCAAUAAGGAAAGCUGUACCAAAGAGAAUCAUCAUUGAAAUCAUCGAAGAGAUUAUUAUCAAGAGGAAAAUUACAAAAGAGAUGGUAUACGAUAUUUCGAGCGAACAGCUUCGUGAUCUUCGCAAGGAAUCACCCGAGGAUGAAAAGAUGGAUGCUGUGAAGUCCGAAGUUUUAGCAGAAAAGAGAAAAUCGAUUGCCGUUAUCAGUCCAGAAGAAGAAGAAGAAAAAGAAGAGGUGGAAAAAGAAGCUAAAGAAAAGGAAGAAAAGGAGAAGGAAGUUCCUAAAACAAGAAAAGAGGAAAAGUCUGAAGACGAGAAAAUCUUAACUCCUGAAAGCAUGGAAGAAGUCGAAGAUGGCUUCGUUAGUAUUCCUUCAGAAGCGGUUUUGUUACAUGAAGAUCACAAGGUUCAACCAGAAAUAAAGAAAAAAGAGGAACCAGAAAUUACAAAAGAACAUGAAAAAGAUGUUAUCGAUGAUUUUGAAGCCGUGGAACAAGAAUACAAAGUUCAGGACAUUAUGGUCACUGAAAAGAUACCACAAGUAGGAAAAGAGAAAGAAGAACCAGAGGAGGAGAUAGAAGAUGACACUAGUGACGUCAUCGAAGCCGAAGAAAAGUUUGUGAAGGAGGUCAAGGAAAAAGUUGGAAAGAAGGAUAUCGAGGACAUCGAGGUGGUCAAGGACGUUGACAAAAUCGUUGAAAAAGACGAGACAAAAAAGAUCGUCGACGAUGUGACAAUAGAAACGGAAACGUCUGAAGUAUCUGAGAUAGUCGAUACUACGGAAAAAUAUCUGGACGAAGCUAAAGAGAAGCCUGAUGUAAAGGAUGUUAAGAAAGAAGAAUUAAAAGUUGUCGAAAAAGAGGUGAAAUUAAAGGAGCUUGAAGUUAAAGAAACUGAAGAGCCAUUGAUAAAAGAUAAACAGGAUGAAAAGAAAAUGGAGACUGAUUUAGUCAAGGAACCAUAUCGUAAGGAAAGUGUCACUGUCGAGGAGGCAAUUCCAAGAAAAUUAUCAUUGGGGAUUAAAGAGGAAGUCAAAAUGGUGAUGGAAGAGAAAGGAAUAGAGGAAAUUGCAAAGGCAGCUGAAAUAAAAGAGAAAGAUGAAGAGAAGAAAGAAAUGGAAGACGUUAAGGCUAAAGAAAAAGUUGCACUAAUCUCGACCGAAAUUAAAGCCGAACCAAUGAAAGAUGAAAAAGCGAUUGCCGAAGUAACGACUGUAUCUGAUAAGGAGAUUGCUCCUAAGAAGGAUAUUAAAGAAGCAGAGGAAAAAGAUACCGAGCCAAAAGCUUUGGCGUUUUCACCAAAGGAAGAGAAAAAACUAGAGAUGAAAGAUAUCGUCGAAAAAGACGUCGAGCCUAUGGUAGAAGAAAUCGAGAAAGAAGUUAAGAAAGAAGAUGAGAAAAAACUUGAAGAAAAAGUUCCUGAGGACGAAAAAUUAGCGGACGCCACGGGUCGUGCUAUUGAACCUAAAGUAGAAAUUAUUGAAAAGAAACUGGAGGAGAAGGUUGAGAAAGAAGACAAACUUCCUAAGGACGAAAAAUUAGCAGACGCUACUGGUCACGUUGUCGAACCUAAAGUAGAUGUUAUUGAGAAAAAAUUGGAGGAGAAAGAAAUAAAACUCGAGGAGAAACUUCCCAAAGACGAGAAACUAGCAGACGGUACUGGUCGUGCAAUCGAGCCAAAAGCAGAGGUUAUUGAUAAAAAAUUAGAAGAAAAAGUUGUAAUGGAAGAGAAACCGGAAGACAAAGUUCCAAGGGACGAAAAAUUAGCAGACGCUACAGGAAGUGCUAUUGAACCAAAGACAGAGAUUAUUGAUAAAAUAGUAGAGAAAGAAGAAAAACCAGAGGACAAGGUUCCCAAAGAUGAAAAAUUAACUGAUGCAACAGGACGUGCUAUUGAGCCAAAAGCUGAAAAAGAGGAAAAACCAGAAGAGAAGAUUCUCAAGGAUGAAAAAUUAGCUGAUGCAACAGGACGUGCGAUUGAGCCAAAAGCAGAGGUUAUUGAUGAAAAAAUUGAAAAGGAGGAAGAAGAUGUAAAAAUUCGAAAGAAGAGGAGUCUCCAAGAAGAGCCAGCAAUCGAGAUAAGCAAGGACUUAAAACCAUCCGAAAGCAAAGAAAAAAUUGAAAGAGAAGAGGUAGACAAAGUGGAACUAUCAAAAGUUGCAGAAGACGCUGGAGUUGUCCAUAGAAUGUUAGUAACAGCAAGUAGCGAAGAUGGUGGACAAGAAAUGGAUAUCUGUCCAACAGGAACAAUUACCUUCGCUAAAACCGUCACACCUGAUGAUUCCUUGAAGGAAGUAUCGAUUAAAACGACACCUGACAAAGAUUCUUUGCUUUUGGACAAAGAUUCGAUCCAAUCGGGAAUCAGCUCUCCUGAAAAAGAUAGUAUUUCGGAAAAAUCAGCAACCGAAAUUAAAGAUACCGAAAAGAUCACUCCUGAAGAUAGUUUGGAUAAGUCUCCACUCGAUACACGUGGUUCACAAGAUUUUGAAGACAGUUUAGAGAAGUUAGACAUCAAAGUAAAGGAUAUCGAAAGUGUAUCACCUAGCACUGAAAAGGUUAAAGAGUUUGACAAAAAAGAAGAAAUCCAAUCUCCGGUCAAAGAUGAGAUCAAAGAGAUCAGUAAAGUAGAGUCUCCAAAAGAAGAAGCUGUUAGUAAAGCAAGUAGUCCAGACAAGGAAGUUGGCAAAAUACCAUCACUUCUUGACUUAUCCAAAGAAGAAAUUUCAAAAAUAAAGACUCCCACUUCGACACCGAUCGAAGAAAAACACGAAAAGAUACCUGAAGCUAUAGUUUCCAAAUCUCCGGAAACUAGUCGUUCCGAAGACGUUUCACCAACCGAAACGAUAUUUGCGAAAUCGCCUAUCGAGAAAAAAGUUCCUGUAGAUAUUUUGACGAAAGAGACUGAAAUUUUGAAGGAAGAAAAAGCGAAGGAAAUCGUACAGCCUGUUGAUAAAGUCGACAAAUCAAAGUCACCGAGUCCUAGCAUAGAAGGCCUUGCUGAUGAGAAGACUGUUAAAAAAUCUCCUGAAGAAGAGAAACCUAUUACUGCCGUUAUAAGUGCAAAAGAUAUUGAAGAAAGUAUCCUAGAUAAAGAAAAAUCUUUAAAACUAGACGAGGAGAAAGAUAAGAUCGAGAAACUUGACGUAAAAGAUGUGACUGAUAAAACUAGAUCACCUAGUAUCGAGAAACCUUCUGAAAAGGAACAACUCGAAAAAAUUGUUAGUGAAAAAUUAGAAAAAGAAGAAAAGACAAUAGUUCCUGAAAAAUCGAGAUCACCGAGCGUCGUUGGCGAAGAAGCAGGAAAACAAUUGGAUGUAACCAAAAUCGAAGCAGAAGUCGAUUUAGAAAAAAUAGAUCACGUCGAGAAACCAAGAUCUCUCAGUAUAGUGAGUGACAAAGCGAUAGAAGAGAAAGAAGUGGAUAAAAAAGAUGAAUCAGAAAAAAUUGAGAAGGACGUAUUGCUUGAGAAAGCAAAGUCGCCGAGCAUUUCCGAGGAUAAAUCCAAAGAAGAAUCCAAAUCACGAAGCAUAAGUCCUUCGGAAAAGAUCGAUGAAAAAGAAUCGAUCGAUAAAUCGAGAUCACCAAGUAUUACGACUGAAGAAAAAGCACAACUAGAAAAAUCCAAAUCUCCGAGCAUCUCCGAUGAAAAAUCUCUAAAGGCUGAGGACGAUAAAUCGAGAUCACCGAGCGUUGUUAGUGAUAAAGUGGAAGAAAUCGAACGUGAAAAGUCAAAGUCGCCCAGCAUUGAGAAGGAAUUAACUGUUGACAGAUCUAGAUCGGCAAGUGUUGUUAGUGAGAUUCUGGAUACGAAAAAAGUCGAGGAAGUUAAAUUAGAUCGUGCUAAAUCACCGAGUAUACCUGAAGAAAAACCUGAAGAAAAAAUCGUUAAAGAAUCGAUUCCCGAAUUAAAAGCAGCGGUACCAGCAUCUGUCGACGUUCCUAGCGAUAAAAUAAAAGAUGCGAAAGAAUUAAUCAGUGAAACGGAGAAGGUUGACGUUAAAAAAGAAAUCCCUCUUCCCUCCGAAGAAAUAACAGUCGAUAAAUCAAGAUCACCUAGCGUGACAAGUGUCUCACAAAAAGUGGAAGACUCGAUCGAUCGAUCGAAAUCACCGAGCAUAAGCAGUCAAGUAUCGGACGAAAAGAAAUCGGAAGAUCGUUCGAAAUCACCGAGCAUUGCCAGUGAUAAAGUGGAAUUGGAAAAGGAAAUCGAAAAAUCAAGAUCACCUAGCAUCGUCGAUAAAGAAGUUUCUGAAAGUUUGGAAAAACCUUUGCUCGCCGAAGAAAAGAAAUCGAGCGAAGUAUCUCCGGUGACUGUGAAGGACAAAGAAGACGUCAAGGUUACCGAUAAGUCAAGAUCACCUAGCGUCGAGAGUACCAUCGAAGAUAAAGGAGCGAUUGAUGUAUCGAAGUCACCAAGCAUAACUGAAAAAUUAGAAGACGAGAUUAGAAGAAGUAAGUCAGCUAGUAUAACCAGUGAAAAAUCUGAAGAGAAAGUAUUAAGCGAGUUACAAAAAUCACCUAGUGUUUCGGACGAAAAAAUGGACUCUAAAGAAAUAACAGAGAAACUUGUCGAAAAAGAAAAAUCACUUAGUCCUGUAAGUGUCGCCGAUAGUAAAUCAAAAUCUCCGAGUAUUACCGAUGAAAAAGUAACUUCAACAGGAAUCACUAUCGAAUCGAUCGAAAGAGCUAAAUCACCAAGUAUCACCAGUGAUAAAUCGUUGGAGAAGAAAUCGGAGGAUCGAUCGAAAUCUCCGAGUAUCGAAGAUCGUUCAAAAUCACCGAGUAUUGUUGGAGAAAAAUCUGAGAUCAGUGAGGUCAUAGAAAAAUCUAUUGAAACGAAAGAAUCCGAUAAAACAGAUAGAAGUAAAUCACCAAGUAUAUCUCCAAGUAUCGCUGGAGAAAAAUUGGAUCUUAAAGACGUCGAAGAAGUAGUUGAUAAAUCGAAAUCGCCGAGUAUUAGUGAUAAAGCGGAUCUCAAAGAUGUGAUUAUUGAACGAUCAAUCCGUGAGGAUCGUUCUGGCAGUGUCGCAAGUAUUACCAGUGAAAUCAAAGAACCAUCGGAGAAGUCGAAAUCUCCUAGCAUUUCUAGUGAAAAACUUGACCUUGAGGAAGUAGAAGACGUCGGAAUACGAAAGGAAUCGAUCGGUAAAAGGGAAUCGAUUGGUAUUAUUUCGGAAAAAUCACAGAUAGUAGAAACGGAUCAGAAAGUAGAAGAUAAAUCGAGAUCUUCUAGCGUAACGAGCUUUGCUGGUGAUCAAAAACCUACAGUGGAUUUAGAAAAAUCUAUUGAUAUUUCUGAAAAGAUCGAUAUCGAUAGAAGUAAAUCUCCGAGUAUUAGCAGUGAUAAAUCUGAUGAUAGAAAACCGGACGAUAAAAGUAGUGAACGAGAACAUUACGAGGACGCAAUCGACGAAUCUCGUUCACCUAGCUUCACUGAAGAUAAGAGUCUUAGCAAGGAGAGUAUCGAAUCGACCUCUCCUAGCACUACGGUCGAAAAGUUAGAUCGUGUGAUAGAAAAGGAUGAUUUGAAAUCGCCCGUGAAAUCUGAAGAAUUUCAUAUUCCUAAGAAAGACGUCGAAGGGGCGAUAAUAGUGGAAGGCAAAGAAGAUCGUUCAAGGACACCAAGUGUCGCGGAAGUUAAAGUCGAUGAUAAGUCUAGGUCGGCUAGUAUCAUUAGCGAAGUAUCUGCUAAAGAAGUCAUUGGUAAAUUAGAAAAAGAACCUUCACCGGAAAAGGAUAAGCAAAAGUCACCUUCUCCGGAAACUGUCAAAGAAGAAAAAUUAUCGGAGAUUGAAGAAUCAAGAAAGUCUGCUUCGCCGGAAAUAGAAAAAAUAGAAAAGGUUGUACCGCCAGAAACAGAGAAACCAAAAUCUAUUUCACCAGAAGUAGAAAGACUGGAUAAGUCACCUACGCUCGAAGUAGAUAAACAAAAAUCACUUUCACCAGAGUCUGAAAAACUGCCGAAAUCACCAACCCCAGAGACUGAAAAGAAAGAAAAAUCUCCUUCUCCGGAAGUUUUAAAAGAAAAGUCGCUUUCUCCAGAAAUGGAAAAACCAUUAAAACCAUUGCUCCUUGAAUCGGAAAAACAGAAAUUGCCUUCGGCAGAAGUAGGAAAAGAAAAGUCUGCUUCGCCCGAAGUAGAAAAAGAAAAGUCUGUAUCUCCAAAAAUAGAAAAAGAGAAGUCUGCUUCGCCAGAAGUAGAAAAAGAAAAGACUGUUUCGCCAGAAGUAGAAAAAGAAAAGUCUGCUUCGCCAGAAGUAGAAAAACAAAAAUCACCUUCGCCAGAGACGAAAACAGAAAAAUUACCUUCCCAUGAAAUAGAGAAAUCAAAGUCUCCUACACCAGAAGUACAAAAAGAAAAAUCACCAUCACCUGAAAUACAAAAAGAAAAAUCGCCAACACCGGAAAUACAAAAAGACAAAUCGCCAACACCAGAAAUACAGAAAGAAAAAUCACCUCCGAUAGAAGCGGAUAAAGAAAAAUCACCAUCACCUGAAAUACAGAAAGACAAAUCGCCAACACCAGAAAUACAAAAGGAAAAAUCACCAUCGCCUGAAGUACAAAAAGAAAAAUCGCCGACACCGGAAAUACAAAAAGAAAAAUCGCCAACACCAGAAAUACGAAAAGAAAAAUCACCUUCGUUAGAGGCUGAAAAGGAAAAAUCACCAUCACCUGAAAUACAGAAAGAAAAAUCGCCAACUCCGGAAGUACAAAAAGAAAAAUCACCUUCGAUAGAAGCGGAAAAGGAAAAAUCACCAUCACCUGAAUUGCAGAAAGACAAAUCGCCAACACCAGAAAUACAAAAAGAAAAAUCACCUUCGAUAGAAGCGGAAAAGGAAAAAUCACCAUCGCCUGAAGUGCAAAAAGACAAAUCGCCAACACCAGAAAUACAAAAAGAAAAAUCACCUUCGAUAGAAGCGGAAAAGGAAAAAUCUCCAUCGCCUGAAGUACAAAAAGAAAAAUCGCCAACACCUGAAAUACAAAAAGAGAAAUCACCUUCGUUAGAAGCGGAAAAGGAAAAAUCACCAUCUCCUGAAAUACAGAAAGAAAAAUCGCCAACACCAGAAAUACAAAAAGAAAAAUCACCUUUGUUAGAGGCCGAUAAAGAAAAAUCACCAUCUCCUGAAGUACAGAAAGAAAAAUCGCCAACACCAGAAAUACAAAAAGAAAAAUCACCUUCGAUAGAAGCGGAAAAGGAAAAAUCUCCAUCGCCUGAAGUACAAAAAGAAAAAUCGCCAACACCUGAAAUACAAAAAGAGAAAUCACCUUCGUUAGAAGCGGAAAAGGAAAAAUCACCAUCUCCUGAAAUACAGAAAGAAAAAUCGCCAACACCAGAAAUACAAAAAGAAAAAUCACCUUUGUUAGAGGCCGAUAAAGAAAAAUCACCAUCUCCUGAAGUACAGAAAGAAAAAUCGCCAACUCCAGAAAUACAAAAAGAAAAAUCACCUUCGUUAGAGACGAAAAAGGAAAAAUCUCCAUCACCUGAAGUACAAAAAGAAAAAUCGCCAACACCGGAAAUACAAAAAGAAAAAUCGCCAACACCAGAAAUACAAAAAGAAAAAUCACCUUCGUUAGAGGACGAUAAAGAAAAAUCACCAUCUCCUGAAAUACAGAAAGAAAAAUCACCAACUCCAGAAAUACAAAAAGAAAAAUCACCGUCGUUAGAGGCGGAGAAGGAAAAAUCACCAUCACCUGAAGUACAAAAAGAAAAAUCGCCAACACCGGAAAUACAAAAGGAAAAGUCACCUUCGUUAGAAUCGGAAAAGGAAAAAUCGACAUCAUCUGAUAUAGAAAAAGAAAAGUCUCCUUCGUUAGAAAAAGAAAAAUCUCCAAUAUUAGAAACGGAGAAGCAAAAAUCUGCUACGCCAGAGGCACUAAAAGAGAAGUCAAGUUCUCCAGAAUUGGAAAAAGAAAAGUCACUUUCCCCGGAAUUAGAAAAGGAAAAAUCUCCAGUCUCGGACAAGGAGAAACAAAAAUCUCCUACGCCAGAAUUCCAAAAAGAAAAAUCAGCUUCUCCAGAUAUAGAGAAGGAGAAGUCUCCAGUGUUAGAAGCAGAAAAACAAAAAUCUCCUACUCCAGAAGCACAAAAAGAAAAAGAGCUUUCACCAGAAUUAGAACAAGAAACGUCUCUUAAAUCAGAGAAAGAUAAGGAAAAGUCACCGACGCCAGAGGCUCUAAAGGAGAAAUCACUUUCCCCAGAAUUAGAAAAAGAAAAAUCUCUUACACCAGAACCAGAAAAAGAAAAAGACAAAGCGCCGUCACCAGAAAAAGAAAAAGAAAAAUCUCCAGUGGCAGUGACAGAGAAACAAAAGUCUCCUACGCCAGAGGCAGAAAAAGAAAAAUCUCCACCAGCAGAAAUACAAAAAGACAAAUCAAUUUCACCACAAAUAGAAAAGGAAAAAUCUCCUGCCUUAGAGGAAGAGAAGCAAAAGUCUCCUACACCGGAAGCACCAAAAGAAAAAUCACUUUCCCCAGAAUUAGAAAAAGAAAAAUCUCCAGUACCAAAGACGGAGAAAGAAAAGUCUCUUACACCAGAACCAGAUAAAGAAAAAGAAAAAUCUCCGGUAUCAGAGACGGAGAAAGAAAAGUCUUUGACGCCAGAACCACAAAAAGAAAAAUCGCCUUCACCAGAGAAAGAAACAGAAAAAGAAAAAUCUCCAGUAGCAGUGACGGAAAAGCAAAAGUCUCCUACGCCAGAGACAGAAAAAGAAAAAUCACCACCAGCAGAAAUACAAAAAGACAAAUCAAUUUCACCACAAAUAGAAAAGGAAAAAUCUCCUGUAUUAGAGGGAGAGAAGCAAAAGUCUCCUACACCAGAAGCACCAAAAGAAAAAUCACUUUCUCCAGAAUUGGAAAAAGAAAAAUCUCCUGCACCAGAGACUGGAAAAGAAAAAUCUGCAUCACCAAUAAUAGAAAAGGAAAAGUCUCCAGAAUUAGUAACAGAAACACAGAAGUCUCUUUCACCAGAAAAAGAAAAAGAAAAAUCACUUUCACCAGAGAUAGAGAAGGAAAAAUCUCCAAUAGUGGAAACUGAAAAAGAGAAAUCGCCGACCCCUGAAAAAGAAAAAGAAAAAUCUCCUUCGCCAGUACCAGAGAAGGAAAAAUCUCCAGCAGUAGAAGCGGAUAAACAGAAAUCGCUUUCACCUGUAUCAGAGAAAGAAAAAUCACCUGCAGCUGAAUCAGAAAAACAAAAAUCUCCUUCACCAGUAUCAGAAAAAGAAAAAUCUCCAGCAGCAGAAGCGGAUAAGCAGAAAUCGCUUUCACCUGUAUCAGAGAAAGAAAAAUCACCUGCAGCUGAAAAAGAAAAAGAAAAGUCUCCUUCGCCAGUAUCAGAGAAGGAAAAAUCUCCAGCAGCAGAAACGGAUAAACAGAAAUCGCCUUCACCCAUAUCAGAAAAAGAAAAAUCACCUGCAGCUGAAUCAGAAAAACAAAAAUCUCCUUCACCAGUAUCAGAAAAAGAAAAAUCUCCAGCAGCAGAAGCGGAUAAACAGAAGUCGCCUUCACCUGUAUUAGAAAAGGAAAAGUCACCUGCAGCUGAAUUAGAAAAAGAAAAAUCUCUUUCACCAGUAUCAGAGAAGGAAAAAUCUCCAGCAGCAGAAAUGGAUAAACAAAAAUCUUCAUCACCAGUACCAGAAAAGGAAAAAUCACCUGCAGCUGAGUCAGAAAAACAAAAAUCUCCUUCACCAGUAUCAGAGAAGGAAAAAUCUCCAGCAGCAGAAAUGGAUAAACAGAAAUCGCCUUCACCCGUGUCAGAGAAGGAAAAAUCUCCAGCAGCAGAAAUAGAUAAACAGAAAUCACCUUCACCAGUAUCAGAGAAGGAAAAAUCUCCAGCAGUAGAAGCGGAUAAACAGAAAUCGCUUUCACCUGUAUCAGAGAAAGAAAAAUCACCUGCAGCUGAAUCAGAAAAACAAAAAUCGCCUUCACCCGUACCAGAAAAGGAAAAAUCACCUGCAGCAGAAGUAGAUAAACAGAAAUCUCCUUCACCAGUACCAGAGAAGGAAAAAUCACCUGCAGCUGAAUCAGAAAAACAAAAAUCUCCUUCACCCAUACCAGAAAAGGAAAAAUCACCUGCAGCAGAAGUAGAUAAACAAAAAUCUCUUUCACCAGUAUCAGAGAAGGAAAAAUCUCCAGUGGCAGAGUCAGAAAAACAAAAAUCACCGUCUCCUGAGUUGGAGAAAGAAAAAUCUCCUGCGUUAGAAACAGAAAAACAAAAGACUCCUUCACCGGUAGCGGAGAAAGAAAAAUCUCCCGCAAUUGAAACUAAAAAGGAAAAAUCUCCUUCGUUGGAAGAUGCAAAACAAAAAUCAUUAUCUCCAGAAAUAGAAAAACAGAAGUCUCUUUCACCGGAAACAGAGAAAUCAGAGAAAUCGGAGAAAUCUAUAUCCUUAGAAUCGGAGAAGGAAAAAUCUCUUACACCUGAAGUAGAUAAGCAGAAACCAACAACGGUAGAAAAGGAGAAAUCUCCAUCUUUGGAGAAAGAAAAAGAAAAAUCCCUAUCGCCAAUGACAGAAAAGGAAAAAUCUCUUACACCAGAAAUAGAAAAGGAAAAAUCAGCGUCGCCAAAAGCAGAGAAAGAAACAUCGCCUUUAUCAGAAACAGAAAAACAAAAAUCAUCUUUGACAGAGACUGUGAAGUCGUCUUCAGAGACCGAAAGGAGAGAAAGAUCUCCAACUCCGGAAAGUGGAAAAUUACGAAAAUCAAUAUCACCGGAAGUAGAAGAUAAGGUCAGAUCACCGACCGGAAGUGAAAAGGAAUACGAAGUCGAUGCACGUAAGUCGAAAGAUGAUGACGAAAAUGUUCCAAAAGAUAGGUCACGUUCGCAUAGUUUAUUCGAGCCAGGAGAGAAAACACCGUCGACUCGUUCUCGUGCAGCAAGUUUGUACGAAGAUAAAAUACCAGACAAGUUAAAUCUUCAGGAAGGAGCAAAAACGACUUACGAUGAAAAAGAAAAGAAAAAACCAUUAGAAGAAGAAGAGGAGGAGGAGGAAGAGGAGGAAGAAAAAGAAGAAGAGAAAGAUAGACAAAUGAGUAGCACAAUUGGUAUUACCGGAUCGAUACACGAAGAAUUUGAAGAAGUUUAUUCUAAGAAAACUAGUCAAGCUAAAGACACAGAAGCUGAACGACUUUCCAAGCAAGAUAAAUACGAAGACGAGGUAGAUGAUAUUGUUAAAGUGACGGCGGAAAAGGUAGCAGAGAUUGAAAAGUAUAUCGUCGAUGAGUUCUUAAGCAAAAAACAAAAGAUUACAAUAUCUGCGAUAGAAAUAAUCGUUCUAGCUUAUGCGGUACCAGAAUUUACAGUGAUGGAUAUUAUAGAAGAUAUUCUGAGACGGAGAAAUCUUCGCAAGGAAUCAGUCUUGGACUUUAUCGACGAGGAAUCCGACGAGAAAUCCGAGGAAGAGUUAAUAAAAUCGAUGCCAGCGGGAGUAAAACUGAUAUCGACCGAAAAGAUGAGAGAGGUUGAAAAUUAUAUAAUCAAUGAAUACGUUGAUAAAAAUAAAAAGAUCACUAGUAAGAUCUUAGAUGAGAUCGUUUCUCAGAAAGGUAUUCCUCGAAAUUUCCUCAUCAUGAUAAUUCAAGAGGUAACCGUGAGAAGAAAGAUUCCAAGUGGCUUCAUUAUGGAUGCUGAAGUUUUGCAAGAGUCGUUAAGAAAGACAUCGGAGGAUGAAGGACUUUCUAAGAAGAAGGAGAAGGACGAAGAGCACGGUAAGAGUGUACGUGAUUCAAAGAGUCCAAGUUUAAGUUCGGAACCAAUCCCUUCGGACAAAUCCACUCAAGAUAGUCCCGUACAUUCAGAGCCACAUAUUGAUGAAGAAAUCUCGAUUUCUGAAGAGAAACGUACCGAGAUUGAACAAUUUCUAGAGGAAGAGUAUAUCAAGAAAGGACGAAAGAUUACCGAAGUCAUUUUGGAGGAAAUAAUCGUGAGAACUUCUUUACCAAGAUACAUUAUCCUCGAAAUCAUCGAAGAAAUAAUUAUCAAGAGAAAAUUAUCACGUAAAUCGAUAAUCGAUGUUGAAAUCUAUCACGAGGACGAACCUGAAAGUUAUGAUAAACUCGAAUAUCGAUACGAAAAGUCAUCAGAUCUUGGACUCUCCGAAGGUGAUAGAAAACUUUCUGGUGAGUAUAGAUUAGGAGGAUAUGCAGAAUCAGCUGGUAGACAAAUGGAAAAAUCUAUUCCAAGUUAUCCGUUAGAUUACGAGAGUCAAUUUCACAAAGCUUUCGUUGGUGGAAUGACAGAAAUUCGUACGACUCAUAUAACAACAUUGUCUGGAAAAUCGACUCCAGAUUUUGCUACCCGUGACGGUACACCUGACUCAACGUCUGAACCUACUGGAUCCACCGUUGAAAGAACGGAUGAUAAAAGAAUAAGAGCAGCUGAUCGAAUUUCACCUGACAAACAACAAAUUUUGAUUUCUAAGGGUGAGAUAACUGUUCAAAAAGUUGAAAUAUUAAAGGAGAGUAGAAUCGGUGAGCAAGAGAUUCCUCCUGAGAAAGAUGACAAGCAAGAAGGAGACGGAGAAACGAUCAGAAAAAUAAUCAAACGUGAAAUUAUCGAACAAGAAGAACCAGAAAUCGUAACUAAAGUAAUUAAAAAAAGAGAAAUAAUCGAGCAAGAAGAACCAGAAAGUAUGGACGAAAAGUUAAAGAAAGAACCAGUAGACCAGGUUGAAUCUCGAGUAACGACGAAGAUCGUGAAACGUGAUGUGAUCGAAGACGAAAGUGAGCCAGAAAUUAUAACUAAGAUAGUGAAACGAGAAAUAAUCGAGGAAGACGAACCUGAAGUAAUUACCAAAGUGAUCAAGAGAGAAAUCAUUAUUCCAGAAGAGAAAAUGUCUGAUUUGCAGGAUCACGAGAUCGUGAAAAGGGUAAUUAGUAGAGAGGAAACGCCAGAAUCAGUUGAAACGAUAACAACGAAGACCACGAGAACGAUCGUUACUGAGGAACUUCCAACAUCAAAAAUGUCUACUUCCGAUCUAGAAAAACCUGAACUUUAUACGUACACGAUAUCGCGUGAAGGAACAUUAGAGAAGAUCGAUACGUCUAAUUUAGAUGCUACCUAUAAAGUAAUCAGUCGAGAUGUUACACCAGAAGUUUCGAAGAGUGCCGAGGUUAAAAGAAUCGUAACAACAGUUACGACGAUUACCGAGCCUGAUGGCAAAGUUACCACGAAGAAAGACGUGAAAGAAAGUAGCGAUACUGUCGACAGCGAAGAACUUUUAGAGAAACUCAUUGAUUCUACUAUUAGUGAAAAAACUGGAAAGGUCACGACGGCUGAGACAAAAACUACCGAAGGAUCGAAAAUGGAGAAGGUCAUCAAGGAAACGAUAACUACGAUGACGUCAACGUCCGGUACAUCGACUCCAGAUGUGAAAACUUUCUAUGAUUCUGGUAAAUCGACUCCUGAUUCGAAAUUUGAAGAGAAGUCUGAUACCAUUGGUAAGGAUCAUUUGGAAAAGGUUGGAAAAUUAGAACAUUCCGUAUCACCAUCGGUACGUGAUCUGAUAUCUGACGAGAAAAGUUAUUCAGGAAAAUCCUCACCGGAUAUAUCCUUGCCAAAGGACAUCGUUUAUAGUGGCUCUACUGGCAAAUCAACUCCGGAUAUUCCAGUUUCUCCAUUGGUUAGGGACGGUGCAGCAGUGCCACCACUUGUAUCUGGAAGAUCGACACCUGAUAGAAGAUCGGAAGGUCGGUCGACGACCGCAACGCCCGAAGGAUUCAGAUCAGGUGAAGUAAUUCGAACGAUCAUUACCACGACCAGAACAAUGUCGGAAGAAGGUGAAAUCAUCACGACCACCAAAGAAGUUACGGAGGCUACCAAUGAGAAAGGUGAAACGAUAAUCUUAGCUGAAAAGACUGACGUUAAGGUUGACGAUCGUUUGCCAAGCAAGGAUACUGCAGAAAUGGCGAUCAGUAGCGCAAUCGAUACCAUAAAAGGUUCAACGGAGUUACAACGAGCAGGAAGUGCGAGUUCCGAUGUCAGCAGUGACAAGGACAAUAUAGGACCAAUCAGUCCUCGUAGCGAUCAGAGCAGUAUUCAUAGCAAAGUGACAGCUCAUGUACUUGGUAGCAGCGAAGAAAGACAAAUGACUUAUUCCGACGACGAACCACCUAGUUCUCCUCUCUCUUCGACGUCACAAGUUGGCUAUUCCCCGCAAUCGAAACAGUACGAGAGUUCUUCCGAGAAGGAAGAAGAAACGCACAAACCGAUCGAGUUCUCUGCUGCGGCCAUGAGCAGUAGCUUUUAUGGCGAAUUACCAGCUGUACCUCCGGCGAUGAAGACGUUCCAAGAAAGUGGUUUGCACAAGAGCAGUGAUCCCAUUUCCAUUCCAGGUGACUUCACUUUCAAGAGAUUCACCGUUGAGAAAGAGUAUGCUAGUGGUUACGAAGAGAAACACGAUACUAAAAAAUACGUUGACGAAGCUGAUUUAGAUUUUGAAAAGGCUUUGAUGGAACGGAAGGAAUUAAAAGAAGCAACUGAUUUCGGUAGCACCAUAGCACCUAGAUAUACCAAUGGAAGUCUUCGUCAAGAAUUAACCCACGAAUCGAUGAAGAGCGAUCGUCCGUCAUCUUCAUUGACCGAGGAGAGUUCUGAAAGUAAAAAAGAUUCAAAGAAAGACCCAUUGGAAGGAUGGGGAACACCUUUAGGCUUACCAUCACCGAAACCACCAAGAAAGUUCAAUCUUAAAAAUCCAACGCAACCUUCGAACGAAUUCUCAUCGGAUAAUCUUAAUUUCGACGUAACCAGCAAUUGGGGUGAACCUUUAAGAUUACCUUCCCCAGCACCAGUAACCACAGAGAUUUCUAAUAAAGGAGCACCUGGUACACCGAAAAAAGACAGAAAACAAGCCAAGAAAGUUCUCUCGGAGAAUCUCAAAAAUAAAAAACGUUCCGAGAGUCCUGGGAAAAACGAGAAGAAAAUGAAAGAUUCUAAGAACAAGGUUCAACCGGUUUACAUGGACCUUACUUAUGUUCCUCACCAUGGUAAUUCUUACUAUACGUCCUUGGAAUUUUUCAAGAGAAUUCGUGCAAGAUAUUACGUCUUCAGUGGCACGGAACCAAGCCGUGAAGUUUACGAUGCCUUGUUAGAGGCUAAAAAGACUUGGGAAGACAAGGAUCUCGAGGUAACAAUGAUUCCAACUUACGACACCGACACUUUGGGUUAUUGGGUUGCCGAUAACGAAGAAGCCUUAGCUGCUAAUCACAUAGAUCUAUCACCUUCGGCUUCACGAUGCACGAUCAAUCUUCAAGAUCACGAGACGAGCUGCAGCGCCUACAGGCUCGAAUUCUAGGGAAUGGCGGCCUGCUCAGCCGUAAUAGUCGAGUUCUGAGCGGCUACCGGAUAAACGCUAAAAAUCCUCUAGUCAAAGUCCGGUGCUAUUCCCGCCAUCGAAAAAAGAAAACAAUUUUAGAAGAAAAAGAAGAAGAAGGUUGACUAUUUGUCUUCCUUUUGUGUGUGUCCCGUAUCGCGAUUCCUCCGAUCUUCUCCCCGGCAUCCCGAGGAAGAUGUGCUCGAGAUCUUUUCGCGAUCGUAGCUUUUGACAGAUGCAUCUUUCUCGCUCUUUCUCUUUGUCUCUUUCUCUUUCUUUCUCUCUCUCUCUCUCUCUCUCUCUCUCUCUUUCCCUCUCCCUCUCCCUCCCUCCCUCUCUCUCUCUUUCUCUCUUUCUCUCUCCUUUGAUAUUAAAUUAUUAAUAUCAAAUUAUUUUCAUUAAAUAGUUAAAUUUUCAAGAGAAGCACUAAAUAUCCUGACAAAUAUCCUAUUCAAUCUUUCUUGCGCUGGGAAAGCGCCAUUUAUACAUCUUACACACAUACAUAUAAAAGCUCAUUAGAAAAUACAGAUAUGCAUAGACACACGUACGUAUUCUUACCCUAUCUUUUGUCUCACGUUAUUUUUUACCGCAAACGUUUCGACGUUUGUACGUAAAAAUAUUCUGCCAACGACGAGCGAAAGACACCGAGCUAUUCGAUUAUCAUAACAAAAAAAAAAAAAGGAAAAAACAGCAUUAAUAGCUAAGUUCGAUCGCGAAAAGAUCAUCGUGUAAUACUGUGAUUUGGGAUUAGCUGUACGUUAGAUACCCAACAAAUUGACUAGGAUAUUCAAAUUCCCAAGUGCGACCUUAUUCCGUAGUCGAACGUCAAUACCCCAGAGAACGUUAUCUUCAAAUCAAUCUUAAAUCAGAGAAUGAGAUAAUAUAUAUGUAUCAUAACUCGUCCCCGCCCUCUCCUUGCCAACAAAACGAGAUCGAAGGAGUACCUUUUAAACGUCAUGAAGAUAAAUUAUUCUUGAUGAUUAUUACAAUGGGAGAGAGUGCUUCGAUUAAAAAAGAAGAAGAAGAAGAAGAAGAAGAAAAGAAAUAUGAAAGGACAACGUGCCGAAUGUGUCAUUUUUGUCAACCCGAAGUAAUUGAUAAGAAGGGAUUUAUCGCAGUGAUCCCUUCUUUUAAACAUGGUCUAUAUCGAUAUCACUUUCAUAUAAAUGUCUUAUCCGUGCGUAGAUAAUAACAACAAGAACAAAAAAAGAAAAAAAAAAGAAGAAAAGAAAGAAAACGGAGUAAACUAACGAGAAUCGAGAAGCUAACUACAAAAAAAUUAAGAAGUUAAUCUGUGUGUCGUGUUUCUAUAUCGUAGAAUAGAAACUAGUGAUACGCAUACCUGGACUUGGUCUCGUAUUAUGGAAUAAUAUAGAAGUUGCUUCGACGCGUACUAAUUUUAGGUCGAAUGCGUCGUUGAAAGAAAGAAAUAAAAAAUAAAUAAUUAAAUAAAUAAAAAAAUAAAUAAAUAAAUAAAUAAAUAAAUAAAUAAAUAAAUAAAGGUCAAAAUAUCGCCAAGGAGAAAGAGAGAAAGAGAGAAUAAUAAAAAUCACAAAAGCAAAGCCGAUCUACGGUAGCCAGGGUGUUUCGUAUUCUUUCUUUCUUCUUUUUUUAAUCACUUUUUUCUCUCUUUCUUUAAAGACAAAAGGAAAUAAUAAUAAUAAUAUAAAAAGAUAAAGAAAAAAGAAUCAAAACACUUAUUUUUUUUUCUCUCAAUAGAAACAGAAAAAAAAAGAGAACCAUAGCGUCUGUGGCGAUGCGCUACGAUACCGAUUACUCGCGAUACAUCCAUCCAAAUAAUGAAAACGGAUUAACCAAGAUAGUCCACGUUCGAUAAAUAAAUAGAACACAAAUAAAAAUAAAAACUAUAUUUAUCCGAGGGAACGAGUAACUUAAGUUAUACGAAAAGACAAGAAACAAAAAAAUCAGCAUCGUUUCUCGUUCUCUCUGUUUAGGGUCACCUUAUUAGGGAACCUUAUUAGCGAUAACUUUACUCACUCUUAAGAAGAAGAAACGAAAUUAAAACUAUAAGCCACGCUCGAGAGGAAAAAGAAAAGGUUCAUGAUUUUGACCCAUUCGCGAGGCUGAAAAACCAGAACCAAGAUUUAAGCUUAAGCUUUGCUAAGCUCUCUCUCUCCAUACAAAAAAUCCUUGAUCUAUGUCCUGUUUUUUUUCUUUUUUCUUUUUUUUUCAGAGCGCGGCAGUCUCUUGGAUACAUUAUUCGCCUUUAGGAAUAAAAAAUAAACAAAAAAAGAGGAAAAACUAAAAACAUGAAAAGAAAACUAACGUGAGAGAAUAAGAAAGAAAGAGAGAGAGAGAGAGAAAAAGGAAUACAUUGUUUUACGCUUUGUUAGUGAUGUCAUUCGAAGAGAAUGAGGAAUCUUGUCUUUCGAUUGUGUUUAUAAAUUGUUCGAAUUAAUCCGAAGAAGAAAAAUGAGAGGAAUAGAGAGUGAGAAAGAAAAGAGGGGAAAGAGAGAGAGAGAGAGAGAGAGAAAAAAAUCGAAAAAUUACACUUUUUGUACUUACUCCUUUGACAGCUAGAAUUAUUAUAUUCUAUUAAAAAUAAAUGUUCCAAGAAAAUGAAAGAGGAAAAAAGAAUUAGAAAAAAAAACAUGCCGAAGAGACUCGGUGGAGAGAAGCGGAUAAGAGAAAAUGAUAUCAACGGGAUCCAAUGACAAUUAUCUUUUUCUUUCUUCAAAAUAUGGGGAAAAGACGAUCGACGAACGAUGGUGAUAGUGAUGGUGAUGGCUUAGAUGUGUGUGAUCAUGUUGCAAAAAGAAAGGACAGAUAAAGAGGAAAAGAUAAGAAAUGAGGAUUUGGUAAAAGAGAGAAAAGAGAAAAACCUUGAAAGUAUUUGCGAGCCAUUCGAGAAAUUUCAUAAUCAAAGAAAUUCUAAGAAUAAACAAAAGAUAAGAGAUUUUUACACGUUUAAAACGAUAGGCCUCUUUAUACAUCCUACUUUCGCUUAUUGCGUUAAAAAAAUAUUCGAUAUAUAUGUAUAUGUAUAUUAUAUGAUAGAUAUAUAUAUAUAUAUAAAUAUUAUAUAUAUAUAUAUUUAUAUAUUAUACCUAUUGGUAUGAUAAGUUUAAUCGCUGUUCUGUAAUACAGAAAUAAAGAAAGCUGUUUUAGACGGGGAUACGCCUGACCUCGUAUAUACAUACAUACAUACAUACAUACAUACAUACUCUACAAACAUACAUACAUAUAUACGUAUAUAUGUAUGUAAAGCAUAGAAAAACAAGCAAAGAAAAAUGAACAAACGAAGAAACAAGAAGAAAAUUAUUUUUGUUUCUUCUUUUAUAAUAUAUCCUUGUAUCCGACAGCUUCGUCAUUGAGCUUGAUUGGACAAUGAAUUUUGAACACGAAUGAAACAAGGUUGAGUUGUCGAUUGAACAAUUUUGCAUAUAGAUCAGACCUUUUUCAGUGAGUUUUAAUGCUUGGUCCGAAUCUCGCAAGAGUCCUAGUUUCGAGAGAAUGAAGUUACGAAGAGGCAGAAGAAAUGAACAAAAAAAGAAAAAAGGAAGAAAAGAAAAGAAUCUUAAAAAAUGAAGAAAAUCACCUAUGGGAAGAUAAACGAAUGAAUGAAUUUUACAUAUAUAUACAUACACACACGCAACAAGAAAAUAUGGAUCAACGAUGUGUAACAAAACUUUUCGGCACAAGAUAUAAAUGUCAACAGGACAUUGGUAUCGUCCUGAUCAUGGAAUCUUCAAGUUUCAUCUUAGGAACUGUGUGAUUGGUCCAACUGGAUCAAAAACAGACUCGUGAAACAGAAAUUAAUCGUGAGAGUUCUUACGAGCUCUAACAUACUCGGCAUAAAAACAUAGAGUGCUCGAUAUUCAUGCGCUCUCGCCUAAAAACAAAAAAGAAGAUAAAGAAAGAAGAAGAAGAAGAAGAAGAAGAAGAAGAAGAAGAAGAAGAAGAAGAAGAAGAAGAAGAAGAAGAAGAAGAAGAAAAAGCCAUCUCUCGAUGGUCAAAUGAAAGAUGCAAAAGAGGAUCCGGUUUGGCUCAGAGGACAGCCUCAGAGCUUCGGAUCCAGGUCUUAUAGAUAGUACGUAAGUUUUUUACCGCCCAAUUAUUAUUAUUAUUAUUAUUAUUAUUAUUAUUAUUAUUAUUAUUAUUAUUAUUAUUAUUAUUGUUAUUAUUAUUAUUACUUAUACAAUUUUCUUUCGUGCGACGAUACACGACGGUCAGCGAGGAGAAAAAAGGAAAAAGAUGAAGAAAAGAAAAAAAGAGACGAGAGAUGAACAUCUUCAAUUAACUUUUUCACCAUACCGUCGAUCGUUCUUACUUAUCUCUCUCUCUCUAUGCCUAUAAUUUAUUUAUUUAUUCACGAAUUAUUUAUUUCUCUGUUCCUCGACUGCUAUCAAAACGUCUGUCGAUCAGGUUUCGUCGUCAUGCAGGUGAAACGAAUUGUUAAGAAACGACGAAAAAGGUGUGAACGUUUAAUGUGUCUCCUGCAAAGUGAAUGGUUAAUUAGAUUAGAGAUCUAAUCGAAUUGAAAGAUAUCGAGAAUUAUAAAAGAACGAAAUCGAUAACUACUGUUACGACAUACGAUUAUUACUAUUAAUAUUAUUAUCGUUAUUAUUAUAUGAUUAUGAUUAAUAUUAAUAUUAUUAUUAUUAUUAUUAUUAUUAUUAUUAUUAUUACUAUUAUUAUUAUAUCAUAAACAUCAUACUUACGUUAUUAUUACUAUCAUCGUCGCUACUACUGCUAACUGAUAAACAUUAUUGUCUACCGUUUAAUGCUAGAGCGUGUCAUCAUCAUCAUCAUCACCAUCAUCGUUCUCUUUCACAGUGCGAAUCAAAGCCUUUUUUAAUACGUACAUACGUUCAUACGUAAGAACUCGAGAGUGUUUAUGGAAAUUUGAGAUAAAAUGAACGAAACGGUAGAAAGGAAAAAAGGAGAUAUAAAAAGAAAGAUAAAGAAGAGUAAAAGAGGUGAUGACGAUGAAGUAUGUACCUAUGUAUUUAUGUAUUAUUUAUUGACGAGUAAUAACGACCAGCUAUGUAUCUAGGUAGGAUGUUAAAAUUAUGAAAUUAAAUUUAACGAAAAACAAAGUAUAACAAAGUAUAACAAAAUGAACGAGCGCGAUAAUGAAAGAAUGAUUGGAGAAAGAGAGAGAGAGGGAGAGGGAGAGAUAGAACAAGUAUAGAAGAAGAAGGAGAGGGCAAAUGGAAUUUAAUGUCGAAGUAAAGGGAGAGAUAAUUAAAUAAUUAAGCAUUAAUAACUUGGAGAGAAAAAAGAAAUAAAUUCUAGGAACGAGCUUUCAUUGAGAACAAUUUAGAUUGAAGUACGAUGGGAGAAAGGAUAUUUAUAUGAAAAAGAAGUAAAAAGAAAGAGGGAGAUAGUGAGGGAGAGAAAGAUUUCGAAAAAAAAGAAGAAAAAGAAAGAAAAAAAAAAGAAAAGAAGAAGACGAAGAAAAAGAAGUGAGAAAGAGAAAGGGAAAAUACGUGAAAAGAGGUGAGCUUCGACACCUAUGCGAGUUUCUUAAUCUUGAUGCUCGUAAAGGGUAAUGUGGGGGUGAGAAUUCUCAAUUAUUGGCGUAUUGAGUCGUGGAUAUUCUUUUUUGUUUCUCGAAAAUACUGAUUGGUACUUGGAAUCGAAUCAUCAAAAGAAAAAAAGAAAGAAAGCGAAAGAAAGAGAAAGAGAGAGAAAAAGAGAAAGGAAAUGGGAAUAAGAAAGAAAAACAAAACGCUUCGCGUAAUAUGAAACUAAUAAAUUUCUAAUACGGACUCUAGUCAAGAAAUCUCGUUUCCUAAACGUAAAGAAAAUAAAAAAAGAUAAAAAAAAUAUCAUCUAGUCAUCCAGUCGAAAGGUUUAUCGUUAAUGAAUGUGUAAUGCCUAGACAGUGUUAUAUGCGACACCGUUUUCUUCGCCACUUUAUAAGGUCGCAGUUCUCACCCCUCGAAGCGCAUCGGCGCAUCGCGUUUUAUUUAUUUAUCUUAUUUUAUUUUUUUUCUUCAAAUAAACCGAGUUUAAAAACAAGUAAGUAAAGUAAAAGAGAAAAAAAAAUCAAGGAAUAAAAAAAGAAUUAAGAUGAAGAAAGCUAAAAAAUACAUAAACAAAACAAAACAAAACAAAAAAAAUAAUAAACUUACUGUGGAGUGUUCAUGGUGCUAUGAUUAUUAUUAUUAUUAUAGAAAUAACAAUGUUAUGCUAUAUGAUACAAAUAAUAAUAUAAUAAAUAUACACUAUACCUUA